AUGUUGAGAGCAUCCAUCGCCUCCCUUCUCCUGGUGCCCAUCCAGUCAUGGAUGGCACUCGGCUUGCCGCAGGAUGACCCAAUCAUCACCCAAGCACCCGCCGUGAGCACUUGCUUCCCGAGCACACGGACAAUCUACCGGAUUGACGCCAGCAUCACGCCCUACAUCCCGUGGAGGUCGUCCAUGAAUUCCAAGUACUCGACCGAGGGCGUGACCUGGUCCGGCUAUUCCGUCGCGUACUUCUCCACCACCACCAUCUUGGCGGGACGGACCAUCGUCGCGACUCAGUACUAUGACUCGAAUGCCAUUACGUCCGAGGGUUACAACAUCCUUACCGAGUUUGUGCCCACCACCAGCUGCGUGGUGACAACCACCCCAACGCUCCCGCCCUCGCCUUCGGGGUCGAUCUGCAGCCCGCACGGCGACCACUGGCACUGUGAGCCCUCCCCUACCGUGACCGUCUCGCAAGACCCUACCCAGUCUAGCUCCGUCACCGAGGCCACAUGCAGCCCCCACGGGGACCACUGGCAUUGCCCGCCCGGCGUGCCAGAGCCCACGACUCCUCCCGCUCAGUCGACGGCGUCGUCCUCGUCUGCCGUAGAGACCUGCAGUCCUCACGUCCCUGAGCCGACGAGCCCUCCUGGUGACUCGCCCACCGACCCUGGUGACGAUGAUGAGCCCGGUGACGACGACGACGGCGAGUGCGUUGCCCACGGCGAUCACUGGCACUGUCCUCCUGGAGUCCCUGAGCCGACGAGCCCUCCUGGUGACUCGCCCACCGACCCUGGUGAUGAUGAUGAGCCCGGUGACGACGGCGGCGAGUGCGUUGCUCAUGGCGACCACUGGCACUGUCCCCCGGGAGUCCCUGAGCCGACGAACCCUCCUGGUGACUCGCCAACCAACCCCGGCGAUGACGACGAGCCCGGCGACGACGACGAGUGCGUUGCCCACGGUGAUCACUGGCACUGUCCUCCUGGAGUCCCUGAGCCCAGCUCUCCGCCCGGCUCAACUCCAGAGGAUCCAGACGAUGAUGGUGAUGACAGUGGUGAGUGUGUCGCCCACGGUGACCACUGGCACUGCCCGCCGGGCGUGGCCGAACCCGACGACGGUCCAUCAACUUUCACAACAGCCACCAGGUCCGCCGGCACCGCUGCGCCAUCAAAUGUGGUGGUCGCUGCCGGCAAUUCUAGAUAUGGAUCGGCCUUGGUGGGGCUCUACCCCUUGCUCGCCCUCCUGAUUUGGGCUUAA